GACAGGACUGCUGAAAUGGGACUCCAUCCAAGGGGAGGACCACUUGUAGCUUCCUUGUUCAAAGAUGUAUGAAAUUGCCGUCUAUUUAUACCAUACACAUAUAAUAUCUUAACUUAUGUUCAGGUUCAUGGCAUAUUCAACCAGCUGUGAAUAAAUCUUAUUUAACUGUAACCAUUACAUGCAGUGCAGUAGUAAAUAUGGGAUAUAACUUAAUAAUAUGAUAAUAGUAAUAUAGCAUGACCCUCUUGUUUUCAAAGAUGAAGAAAGAAUGGAUUCAGCAACAAAUGAAGUGAAUUAGUAGUGAAAACUUGUGAAUUAAUUGACAAUCUCAGCACAAUGAGAAUUUAACUUGCAGCGAAAAUGUGUAAUUCAGUCGAAUGUCUUUGCUAGGAGGAUAAUAACCCGCGGUGACUUUAGUUUAGUUGAACAUUCUAUGCAAUCUGUUAAAAUGGAUGUUAAACAAUAUUUGCUGUUUACCUUGACGAUAGUUGUCUCAUGCUGCUGUAUAUCUUAUAUGUUUCUCUAUAUACAUUUACAAUGGAAGGACAAUGCUAUACACCCAGGCAGAUUUAAAUAUAAGCAAUGGCAUAAGCUACAGCUUUCAAAAAGGGCAAAGGAACACAAGCAGGGAAUGAAUCUGAAAAUGCAGCAGUCACGACCUGAGGCAAAAAUGCCCUUAUAUGGAGGAAAGGAUAGGAAAGUUGAGCAGAGAUUGAAUCAGAAAAUAGAGCAGUCACGACCUGGGGCAAAAAUGCCCUUAUAUGGAAGAAAGGAUAAGAAAGUUGAGCAGAGAUUGAAUCAGAAAAUAGAGCAGUCACGACCUGGGGAAAAAAUGCCCUUAUAUGGAAGAAAGGAUAGGAAAGUUGACGGUGAGGAGAGAUUUAAACUACAAUGUAUGCUCCCUGGGUAUGAAACGAAAUACCGUAAUGAACGUCUCAUAAUAUACAGUAAAAUACCAAAAUGUGGUGGGACAACAUUAAGGGAGCUUUUCGAAAAUUCGUGUUUGCGUACACAAAAAUGCUACCAUAUGAGCCAGCAUAAUAUGACACUGAAACUCGGGAUAAAAGAAACACGGAAAAAAUACCAGAAAUACCUAAAUGGAUUAACAUCCAAUAAUGACAAUCUGAUCCCGACAAUUAUAUCCACACAUGUACAGUUUCUUGAUUUCUCAGACUCUAAUCUCAAACAACCAUUGUUCAUCGAUAUUCUCCGGGACCCUCUCGAACGUUGGAUAUCAUUGUAUUAUUUUACAAGGUCAUCUGGAUUUCAACAAAAGGUGCAUAAUAUUCCUGACAGUGACAUCAAUACCAAGCUUGGAGAUUGUCUAAUUAGAUCAAAUAUUUUUCGUGCCCGUUGUAAUAUGCCCACAGGAUGUAAUUCGGCCCAACGACAGUUAUUACUUAAUGCGAGGAAAGAGAGCCCACAAUACUGUUUCAAACCUAAACCUUACAUUGAAUGGUUCUCUGGUCAUACAAAUGCGUAUAUCAACAAAGCGAAGCAGUACAUCGAAAAAUAUUACACAUUUCUAGGAAUACUUGAACACUUUUCAGAAAGCAUCGAAGCUCUACAGAAAAUAUUUGGUAUAUUUGGGAAUGAUUUAGUGGAUUUGAACAAUCGAAUGCCUAAAAUGAAUGUGGCUAAAAAUAAACUACGUCCGAGUAAUGAUACAAUAGCUUUAAUGAAAGAGUUUCUGGCAGAUGACUAUGUGAUUUAUGAGUUUGCUUUACAAAGGUUUUACACACAGUUAAAAUGCCUAGGAAUUAAUAUAGAGCAUAAGUUAUUAAAGUGAAACCUGUAAAGUGGAACACCUGUAGAGGUGGAAUGCCUGUAAAGUGGAACACCUGUAGAGGUGGAAUACCUCUGUUAUUGGAACACUUAUUGGAGUCCCGAGACCAAGUGACUUAAUGUUAAAUGAACUUCUAUAAGUGGAACACCUCCCAAGUAGAAUACUUUUUAAGUGGUACCAAAGGAGUUCCACUUAACUGAUUUUACUGUAUAUGAUUUAAGUCCCCAUGUAAAGUUUGAAAAUAUGUUUUUAUCAUUCAUUUACUAAUUCUUUUACUCAUUGUUUAUUUAAAUAUCAACUAUUCCAUCAUACAUUUCAAAUAUAUUACAUGUUUAACACCAAUGCAUAGAUUGAACAAAAGGCACACUAUUUCAAUAAUAAAAUGCCAUAUCUAAUGCCUUGGUCACAUUUGCUCCGAUUUUCUAGUUGAAAUCCCAUGGUUUCUUUGAGAACUAAAAUUUCAAAAUGUAUUUUUCUAUGAUCCAUUUUAUGCAUUGAUUUUCCGAUUUUCUAAAUUUUCGGCAAAAAACAUGUGUGGAUGAAUGCUAUGCAUUAGUAUGAAUUAUUGCUUAUUAAAAGACCUCUAGAAGUUUUAAAAAUCAAGAUUUUUCGAACAAAAAGUCAAAAACCACUUUUUGAAAUUAAAAAAAAAAGGUUUCACACAUCACAUUUGAAAAUUGGGUAAGACUACAAUAUAAGCCAAAGUGGUUUAAACUUAAUAUGAGGGCUUUUUUAAUUACUAUAGAAUGUAGAGUAUUAUAGUUUAUCUAAGAUUACUAUAGUGUAUCUGAAAUUAUUAUUGUGCAUAUGAGAUUAAUACAGUCCAUCUUAGAUUAAUAUAAUGUAUGAUUAAUAUAUUACAUAUGAGAUUAAUAUUAUACAUUAAUGUUUUGUAUAAUGACUAGUUAUCGUGCAUUACAGAUUAAUGUUAUGCAUAAGGACUAGUUAUAGUGCAUUUUUAUUAAUGUUUUGUAUAAGGACAAGUUAUAGUGCAUUUGGAUUAAUGUUUUGCAUAAGGACUUGUUAUAGUGCAUUUUGGAGUAAUGCUAUGCGUAAGGACUGUUAUAGUGCAUUUUGGAUUAAUGCUAUGCAUAAGGACUUGUUAUAGUGCAUUUUGGAUUAAUGCUAUGCAUAAGGACUAGUUAUAGUGCAUUUUGGAUUAAUGUUUUGCAUAAGGACUAAUUACAAUAGUGCAUUUUAGAUAUAAGGAUUGUAUUAUAUUUAAGUAAUAAAGAAUCCUGAUUCAUUCUUUAUUGGACUAUUAUGAUGAACUAAAUUCAACAUUUUUUAGGGACUAUUAUGAUGAACUAAAUUCAACAUUUUUCUCUUUAAACCAGUUAUCAAAAAUAAUUAUUUAAUACUUAUAUAUUUUUUAUAUUUUUUUUACGAAAGCCCCAUGAGGUUGGCGGUCUCCUUCGUACUAUGGAACAGGCUUUGAUGAUUCACAUGACCUUUUUUAACUUAUGUGGCAAAUUAUCAAGGCAAUAGCCAAGUCAUCAAAUGAUAUGAUUAUGAUUCGAAGAUAUGAAGUAUCACAUAACUUCUGAACUUAUGACAUCAGUCACAUAUUUACCCAUCGAGCAUUUAUAAACAAACAAUUAAAAAAUCGUAACAUCACACAUCACUGUUGAUUCUAUAUUAUAUAUGUGAAUUUGAAAAUGGGAUUACAAUUGAAGCUUUCUGGGAUGUUUUGAAAUGCGAAAACCUGACCAAUAAUAUUUCACUAUAUUGCCCGCAGAAAUGACGUUAUUAGUAUUAUUACCACCAUUAAUGACCAGGACUGAAACAGCAAGAAAAUCUUACGCACUGAACGAUAUCUAAUUUCCCGGGGGAAAUUGCCGGUCGUUAAAUGCAUUCUUGACCACCACUAUGGCGUCACAUAUUGCUCAGGUUGAUAUAGUAAAAUGAAUGCCUUCUAAACUAGCACUAAAACCCCUAGAACUGGCCCGGCAAGGUGGUAAUAAUAUAU